GGCCCCCGGUGCUGAAACAAAAUGGCUGGUGACGGUGGAGGCAGGGACCCGGCGUGAGCGGAGAGCCGAGCCCAGGGAGCUCGGGAGCCAGGGAGCCAGCGAGCAGGGAGAACCAGCGAACAGGCCGGGUAGGGCUGGGCUGGGAUGCCACAGCCCCGCGGGAGGGCGUCGGCGCAUAGGCAGCCUCCCUGCUGAGCUCCGGGUCCCCCCCACCUCCGCCCCCAGCCCCGGGCCCGGCCCCCAGGACCAUGUCUCUGCUCUGCGUUGGAGUUAAAAAAGCCAAGUUUGAUGGUGCUCAAGAAAAAUUCAAUACCUACGUGACCCUGAAGGUGCAGAAUGUUAAGAGCACCACCAUCGCGGUGCGGGGGAACCUGCCAUGCUGGGAGCAGGAUUUCAUGUUUGAAAUUAAUCGCCUGGACCUUGGCCUGACAGUAGAAGUUUGGAAUAAAGGGCUCAUCUGGGACACCAUGGUGGGCACAGUAUGGAUCCCCCUCCGGACUAUUCGCCAGUCUAACGAGGAGGGCCCCGGUGAAUGGCUCACCCUGGACUCUCAAGUUAUCAUGACAGACAAUGAGAUCUGUGGUACAAAGGACCCCACCUUCCAUCGAAUUCUCCUGGACACCCGCUUUGAACUGCCUUUGGACAUCCCUGAGGAAGAGGCUCGGUAUUGGGCAAAGAAGCUGGAGCAACUGAAUGCUAUGAGGGACCAAGAUGAUUAUUCAUUCCAAGAAGAACAGGACAAGCCUCUUCCGGUCCCCAGCUCCCAGUGUUGCAACUGGAGUUAUUUUGGCUGGGGGGAGCAGCAGAAUGAAGACCCAGACAGCGCCGUGGAUGACCGGGACAGCGAUUACCGUAGCGAGACCAGUAACAGCAUCCCACCGCCCUACUACACCACGUCCCAGCCAAAUGCCUCUGUCCACCAGUAUUCAGUCCGACCUCCUCCACUGGGCUCCCGAGAUUCCCGGGAUUCUUACAGUGAUUCUAUGAGGAGCUAUGAAGACUACUCAGAAGCACCUCCAGUCAGACGCUUCAGUAGCGUCGAUCCAACCACUCGGGGCCACAGCGACUCGGAGGCUGGCUGGGGCCGGCCAACCCGCCACCAUUAUUCCCUUGAGAACAGGCCAUCCUUAGACCUGUCAGAUAGCCCAACCGGUAGCAGCCACUACGCCUCCUCAGGGGAACUGAGCCAGGGCAGCUCCCAACUGAGUGAGGACUUUGAUCCAGAUGACCAGAGCUUGCAGGGCUCCGAAAUAGAGGAAGAGAGGGACCGAGACUCUUAUCACUCCUGCCAUAGCUCGGUGAGCUACCAUAAAGACUCCCCCCAUUGGGAUCAGAAUGAGGAGGAGGAAGAGGAAGAAGAGGACUUGGAAGAGGACUUGGAAGAGGAAGACCUGGAAGAAGACUUGGAGGAAGACCUGGAGGAUGAAGAGAUGAGGCAGGGAGGCUACAGUGAGAAUGAGGAAGAAUACUCCAAGGAGGACAGCUACCUACCAGCUGUACCCACCUCCUCAGAAAGGGAGGAAAAGGUCUCUCCAGUGUCUGCCGAAGGCCCUGAAGUGACCAAGAUGCCUCCAGAGCCAGCAGGAGCUGAGGAGGUGCCAGGGGGAGAGCGGGUACCUGAGUCAGAACCUCCGAAGCUGGAAGAGAGUUACAGGGCUCGGGAAGAUGAAGAGGGGCAAGACUCCAUGUCCAGAGCCAAGGCCAACUGGCUACGAGUAUUCAACAAAGUCCGAAUGCAGCUCCAGGAGGCUCGAGGAGAAGGAGAGAUGUCUAACUCACUCUGGUUCAAAGGAGGACCUGGCGGUGGUCUCAUCAUCAUAGACAGCAUGCCUGACAUUCGAAAAAGAAAGCCGAUUCCCCUUGUGAGCGACCUGGCGAUGUCCCUGGUCCAGUCCCGGAAGGCUGGGAUCACCUCUGCACUGGCCUCCAGCACCUUAAACAAUGAAGAGCUAAAAAACCAUGUUUACAAGAAGACGCUUCAAGCCUUAAUCUACCCCAUUUCCUGCACAACCCCCCACAACUUCGAGGUGUGGACGGCCACCACACCCACCUACUGCUAUGAGUGUGAGGGGCUUCUGUGGGGCAUUGCUCGGCAGGGCAUGAGAUGCACUGAGUGCGGGGUCAAGUGUCACGAGAAGUGCCAGGACUUACUCAAUGCUGACUGCCUGCAGCGAGCUGCAGAGAAGAGCUCCAAGCAUGGGGCAGAGGACCGCACACAGAAUAUCAUCAUGGUGCUUAAGGACCGCAUGAAGAUCCGGGAGCGGAACAAGCCUGAGAUCUUUGAGCUGAUCCAGGAGAUCUUUGCGGUCUCCAAGACAACACAUACACAGCAGAUGAAGGCUGUGAAACAGAGUGUCCUGGAUGGGACAUCCAAGUGGUCGGCUAAGAUCAGUAUCACUGUGGUCUGUGCCCAGGGCCUUCAGGCAAAGGAUAAAACCGGCUCCAGUGACCCCUAUGUUACUGUCCAGGUCGGCAAGACGAAGAAACGAACUAAAACCAUCUAUGGCAAUCUCAACCCUGUGUGGGAAGAGAACUUCCAUUUUGAGUGCCAUAACUCUUCAGACCGCAUCAAGGUGCGUGUCUGGGAUGAAGAUGAUGACAUCAAGUCUCGAGUGAAACAAAGGUUCAAGCGAGAGUCAGAUGACUUCCUAGGCCAGACCAUCAUUGAAGUCCGAACUCUGAGCGGCGAGAUGGAUGUCUGGUACAACCUAGACAAGCGGACAGACAAGUCAGCCGUGUCUGGAGCCAUCCGAUUACAUAUCAGUGUGGAGAUCAAGGGUGAGGAGAAGGUGGCACCAUACCAUGUCCAGUACACAUGUCUCCAUGAGAACCUGUUCCACUUUGUAACAGAUGUGCAGAACAGUGGUGCAGUCCGGAUCCCAGAUGCAAAGGGUGAUGAUGCCUGGAAGGUCUAUUAUGAUGAGACUGCCCAGGAAAUUGUGGACGAAUUUGCCAUGCGCUAUGGCGUUGAAUCCAUCUACCAAGCCAUGACACACUUUGCCUGCCUCUCCUCUAAGUACAUGUGCCCUGGAGUACCUGCUGUCAUGAGCACCCUGUUAGCCAACAUUAAUGCCUACUACGCCCACACCACAGCCUCAACCAAUGUCUCUGCUUCUGACCGAUUUGCUGCCUCCAACUUUGGGAAAGAGCGCUUUGUGAAACUCCUGGACCAGCUGCACAACUCCCUAAGAAUUGACUUGUCCAUGUACCGGAACAACUUCCCAGCAAGCAGCCCAGAGAGGCUUCAGGAUCUCAAGUCUACUGUGGACCUGCUCACCAGCAUCACCUUCUUCCGGAUGAAGGUCCAGGAGCUACAGAGCCCACCUCGUGCCAGCCAAGUGGUAAAAGACUGUGUGAAGGCCUGCCUCAAUUCCACCUAUGAGUACAUCUUUAACAACUGCCAUGAACUCUAUAGUCGAGAAUACCAGACUGACCCGGCUAAGAAGGGUGAGGUGCCUCCAGAGGAGCAGGGACCCAGCAUCAAGAACCUAGACUUUUGGUCCAAGCUCAUCACACUCAUCGUGUCUAUCAUUGAGGAAGACAAAAACUCCUAUACACCCUGCCUCAACCAGUUUCCCCAAGAACUGAACGUGGGCAAGAUCAGUGCGGAGGUGAUGUGGAACUUGUUUGCUCAGGACAUGAAGUAUGCCAUGGAGGAGCAUGACAAACACCGAUUGUGCAAAAGUGCCGACUACAUGAACUUGCACUUCAAAGUCAAAUGGUUGUACAAUGAGUACGUGACCGAGCUGCCCUCCUUCAAGGACCGUGUGCCUGAGUACCCUGCGUGGUUUGAGCCCUUUGUUAUCCAGUGGCUGGAUGAGAACGAGGAGGUGUCCCGGGACUUCCUCCAUGGAGCUUUGGAGCGUGACAAGAAGGAUGGGUUCCAGCAGACUUCUGAGCACGCCCUAUUCUCCUGCUCCGUGGUGGAUGUCUUCUCCCAGCUCAACCAGAGCUUCGAGAUCAUCAAGAAACUUGAAUGUCCUGACCCCCAGAUUGUAGGCCAUUACAUGCGCCGAUUUGCCAAGACAAUCAGCAACGUCCUGUUGCAGUAUGCUGAGAUCAUCUCCAAGGACUUCACCACCUACUGCUCUAAGGAGAAGGAAAAAGUGCCAUGCAUCCUCAUGAACAAUACACAGCAACUUCGGGUGCAACUGGAGAAGAUGUUUGAGGCCAUGGGUGGGAAGGAGCUGGAUGCUGAAGCCAGUGACAUCCUGAAGGAGCUUCAGGUGAAACUCAAUAAUGUGCUAGAUGAGCUCAGUCGACUCUUUGCCACCAGCUUCCAGCCACACAUAGAAGAGUGUGUCAAGCAGAUGGGGGACAUCCUGAGUCAAGUGAAGGGCACAGGAAAUGUGCCAGCCAGUGCCUGCAGCAGCGUGGCCCAGGAUGCUGAUAAUGUCCUGCAGCCCAUCAUGGACUUGUUGGACAGCAACCUGACCCUCUUUGCCAAAAUUUGUGAGAAGACGGUGCUGAAGCGAGUAUUGAAAGAGCUCUGGAAGCUGGUGAUGAACACAAUGGAAAAGACGAUAGUCCUGCCGCCCCUCACAGACCAGACGAUGAUUGGAACGCUCUUGAGAAAACAUGGCAAGGGAUUAGAGAAGGGCAGGGUGAAACUCCCCAGCCACUCAGACGGGACCCAAAUGAUCUUCAAUGCUGCCAAGGAGCUGGGUCAACUCUCAAAGCUCAAGGACCACAUGGUACGGGAAGAGGCCAAGAGCUUGACCCCCAAGCAGUGUGCUGUGGUAGAGCUGGCUUUAGACACUAUCAAGCAAUACUUCCAUGCGGGGGGUGUGGGGCUCAAGAAGACCUUCUUGGAAAAGAGCCCAGACCUGCAGUCUCUCCGCUAUGCCCUGUCUCUCUACACGCAGGCCACAGACCUGCUCAUCAAAACUUUUGUCCAGACUCAGUCAGCUCAGGGAUCAGGAGUGGAUGACCCUGUCGGUGAGGUUUCUGUCCAUGUGGAGCUCUUCACCCACCCAGGUACUGGGGAACACAAGGUUACAGUGAAAGUUGUGGCUGCCAAUGAUCUCAAGUGGCAGACAUCAGGCAUCUUUCGGCCCUUCAUCGAGGUCAAUAUCAUUGGGCCCCAGCUUAGUGACAAGAAAAGGAAAUUUGCCACCAAGUCCAAGAACAACAGCUGGGCUCCCAAGUACAAUGAGACCUUCCAAUUCACGUUAAGCGCGGACGCCGGCCCCGAGUGCUACGAGCUGCAGGUCUGUGUCAAGGAUUACUGCUUCGCUCGCGAGGACCGCACGGUGGGCCUGGCUGUGCUCCAGCUCAAGGAGCUGCUGCAGCGCGGGAGCUGCGCCUGCUGGCUGCCGCUGGGCCGCCGCAUCCACAUGGACGACACGGGCCUCACAGUGCUGCGCAUCCUCUCCCAGCGCAGCAACGACGAGGUGGCCAAGGAAUUCGUCAAGCUCAAAUCGGACACCCGCUCAGCUGAGGAGGGCGGAGCCGGACCCGGGCCCGGGUCUGGGCAGGGGCCUGGGCCCUAGGGAGCUGGGCUGGGCUGGGCUGACGGGGAGGGUCCCCGGGCCUGGCAGGGUCUGGCUCGGGGAAGCGCUCUCGCUCUCUCUCGCUCGCUCUCUCUCUCUCUCUCUCUCUCUCUCUCUCUCUCUCUCUCUCUCACUC